CCAACGGAUCGGCCAGAAUACGCUUUUCAAUCUCGAGGACAAGGCUGUAUAUUUGAUCGCAGAAUUGAUUUAACUCUGAAUCGACAUUGUGGAGUGCAUUUUUCAAAGAUGGAGUGUACCCAUCUGUGUCUUCGUGGAAGUCUGUUUUUAUUUUCCUUCCUGCACUAUGCACACACCGAAAUGAGCUAUUCUAUAGCUGAGGAAUUGAAGCCUGGAUCUUUCAUUGGAAACCUACCCAAGGAUCUGGGACUUGAUGUGGGCACGCUAUCUACUCGCAAGGCUCGUAUAGAAAAGGGAAAGAAUGACAGAAAGUAUUGUGACAUCAAUCUGAGAACCGGAGACCUCAUUGUUGCAGAGAGGAUUGACAGGGAAGCGCUGUGCGGUGAAAAUCAUGCUUGUGUUCUCAAAUUUGAGCUCCUUUUCGAAGCUCCCCUGGAAUUACAUCGUAUAAAUGUACAGAUCCAGGAUAUAAAUGACAAUUCUCCAACUUUCCCAAAGGACAUCAUCAAAUUCGAGAUUAGAGAAUCAGCUGACAAAGGAGCUCGGUACCGUGUGAAUGCGGCUCAUGACGCAGAUAUCGGUCAGAAUGAUGUUCAGAGUUACGCUCUCCAACAGAAUAGCAACUUUGUCCUGAAUAUGCAAACAACGAGUGCGGGUAGGAAAUAUGGGGAGUUGGUUUUGGAAAAAGAGUUGGACAGAGAGGAACAGCAGGACAUUAAAUUAUUGCUCACGGCUUUAGAUGGUGGUUCUCCUCAGAGAUCAGGCACAGUAGUCAUACAUGUCAUCGUUUUGGACGCCAAUGAUAACGCCCCAGUUUUUAGUCAAGCUGUUUAUGAAGCAAGAUUGGCAGAGAACUCUCCGUUCAAAACCGCGGUAAUUACGGUGAGCGCCUCGGACGCAGACGAGGGCGUCAAUGGACAAGUCACGUAUGAAUUCAAUCAAAUGUCUGAUAAGUCGCGCAUGAUGUUUUCACUCGAUGAAACCACAGGCCAGAUCACUGUGACAGGUACCAUAGACUUUGAGGAGGGUUCCAAAUAUGAAAUGUUUGUUGAAGCCCAAGAUGGUUAUGGCCUCACUUCAGAUGCAAAAGUUAUCAUCUUCAUAACCGAUGUUAAUGACAAUCCUCCUACUAUAUCGUUAAAAACGUUGACCAAUCCGGUGCCUGAGAACGUGUCACCUGGUACAGAGGUCGGUAUCUUUAACGUAGAGGACAAAGACUCCGAGAAAAACAGUCAAGUUCGAUGCUCCAUUCAACAAAAUGUUCCAUUUAAAUUAGUUCCAUCAAUCACACGCUAUUAUUCUUUGGUAACAACGGAUAACCUUGACCGUGAAGUAGUGUCAAAUUAUAACAUCACUAUCAUAGCCACUGAUGAGGGCUCCCCUCCUCUAUCUUCUAUUACUAUUUUUCAAAUUGAUAUUGCUGACGUCAACGAUAACCCACCUGUGUUUGAGGAACAGUCGUAUAGCAGCUAUGUCCCUGAGAACAACAAACCGGGCCACAGCCUGUGUUCUGUUAAGGCCCAUGACCCAGACUGGAGACAAAACGGUACAGUGAUCUAUUCUCUUUUACCUGGUGAAGUCAACGGUGCUCCAGUUUCCUCAUAUCUAUCUGUUAACGGAGACACCGGAGUGAUCCAAAGUGUCAGGUCAUUGGAUUAUGAACAGUUUCGGAGUUUUAAAGUCUAUGUAAUGGCACGAGAUAACGGUUCUCCUCCGCUCAGCAGCAACGUGACUGUGAGUGUCAUCAUAACUGAUGUAAAUGACAACACUCCUCAGAUACUUUACCCCGCCCCAGAGGGAAACUCCUUCAUGACUGAACUGGUACCCAAAGCUGCACAAGGAGGUUCCCUGGUUUCCAAGGUGAUAGCAGUUGAUGGGGACUCUGGACAGAACGCCUGGCUAUCCUAUCAGAUCAUUAAGUCCACUGAUCCGGGACUCUUCAAAAUCGAUCUGCACAGUGGGGAGAUCAGGACCCAGCGAGACAUUUCUGAUUCUGACAACAUGAAACAGAACAUUGUAGUCGCUGUAAAGGAUAACGGACAGCCCUCCCUCUCUGCUACAUGUUCCAUGUUUUUACUGAUUUCUGAUAACUUGGCUGAAGUUCCAGAACUGAAGGACAUGGCUUAUGAAGAUAGCAGUUCUAAAUUAACAUCUUAUCUGAUCAUCGCGCUGGUGUCCGUCUCCACUUUUUUCCUGACCUUCAUUAUUAUCAUUCUUGGAUUGAGGUUUUGUCAGAGGAGAAAGCCAACGCUGUUAUUUGAUGGAGCGGUGGCUAUUCCCAGCUCUUAUCUCCCUCCAAACUACGCAGAUGUGGACGGCACUGGAACUUUACGCAGCGCAUAUAAUUAUGAUGCGUAUUUAACCACUGGAUCUAGAACAAGUGACUUUAAAUUUGUCACAUCUUACAACGACAACACAUUGCCUGCAGACCAGACGCUGAGAAAAAAUCCAACUGACUUUGAAGAAGUGUUUGGAGACCUUGAUGUUUCACCAGAGGUAGACCAGCAAAGCGCUAUGAAACCGACCCUCAUGUCCAUAGUGCAUAUUGACAGGCUCGAGCACAAAGCACAUUGCGUGCACGGACACAACGGAUGA